AUGGACCAACCAAACAUCCUUGAGCCACUCCAGGCCUCGUUCCAAGAUGCGUCUGCGCCUCAGAAACCGCACCAAGUCUCGUCAAGUAAGUCACUUUUUGCUUUAGAGUCGAACGAGAUGACGACCUAUCGUACGACGAUGCAGGUCCCACAAGUUGAAGAGGCCAAGCUUGAGGUCGACGCGCUCUCGGUUGGCUUCAGGUGCCUGCUCAUUGACGAGAUAUACGAGAUAGUUGUGAGACUUUUGUAUGGCGACGGGUGUGGGAAGGGGUCUGUAGCCGCUCUCGCGAUAACCUGUCGGUCCUUUCAGCCUACUGCGAUCAAGGUGCUUUGGGGGACUCUCAAUAGCUUCGCUCCGCUUGUGAAGUUACUUCCACGCCACGAAUGGUAUGAGGUCCAACGGUGCGAUGGCAGCCGUGCACUCGAUAUCAGGUGGGGCGUGAAAGCAGCAAAACUCGACUUGACGCGUUUGCAAUACUACGUCGGAUUUAUCAAGCGCUUCUCCUGGCGGGGAAACCUGGACGUCCGGAGUGGCGCCGUUGAGUACUUCCUCCAGCGUAUACCACAUUCAGUCCGCCUGUUCCCGCGAGUCUCCUCAUUCACAUUUACUGACGGGCUCCCGGAGGUCUCCCGCCUACUUCUGCAUCGUAAAGCGUUUGUCAACCCGGCUUUACUGGAGCUACACUACGAAGCGCUGCCCUCGGAAGCGCGGCUACUAGCUGAGGCUCUCGACAAGGUCCGCAAGUGGUGCCCCAAGCUGUGUAUUCUCAGAGUUCCUAGCUAUGACGACUAUAUUCACGUUCCAACGGUCAUCCCGAAGCUCUCUGCGAUCAUCUGCGUAGCAAACCUCCGGAUGUUUGACUCAAUGGUUUCAAUCACGUCUGAGGCUCUCCUAGCUCUGGCUCGUAUGCCUCGUCUGGAGAUUGCCAAUAUCCGCCUGGGGCCUGAUGCGCUGAACCUAUGGACCGUCACUUGUCUCCCUCGGCGGUCUUUCCCUGCACUCAAGUCUAUCGCGCUGCACAUGUUUGAUCUAGACCAGGCCUCGCUGCUCUUUCUGCAACGCAUGGGAUCUGAAAGGCUAAUGUUCUUCAGAGUCUCUUCAGAGAUCCAUCCGCACAACCCACAGCCUUUGAUUGCUUACUUCGAGGCUCUUGCUGCUGCGCCGUUCGCGCCAAUCAUGCAAGACCUCCAGCUGCAGUUCGGUCACCCGGAGUACGUCCACGCACCGCUGUGCUCUAUCUCGCUCGACGUUCUGCAGCCGCUGCUAAGCAUCAAGAGCCUCACCACGUUCGUGAUACGGUCGCGCAACUAUGACCUGGAUGAUGCGGGGUACCGCGCGAUCGCCCUUGCGUUCCCGCGGAUCCAUACGCUGCUCCUCCACCCUCGCGCCGCGAUGGAUACGGACUACCCGCCCGCACACAUGCGCUCGCUGCGGCACUUUGCCGAGCACUGCUCAAAUCUGGCCGUCCUGGGUCUCUUCAUCGAUGUCACCGACGUCCCGGAGCUCCCGGAGGACUUCGAGUCGCAAUCGCUCGUGUCUGUGUACCAUUUUAUCUGCCACGGGCCUGAGAGCUAUGUUGGACGUGCGUCGGCGUACUUGGAUGCGAUCUUCCCGCGAAACGCGCUCCGGCUUGAGGAAGCGCGGGCGCACCCUGAGCCAGGAGAUUACUUCGUGCCCCCGCGCGCACACUCGCCACGAAUGCCGUGGACGCCUGCCGGUGUAAUGGACACGGUGCGUGGUCUGUAUCAUCGGCGUCGACGGUCGUGA